AUGAUGAGUGCACCAAAACCUUCUAUCCUUGCAGCUUUGUUUUGGGUCCUCCUUUUCAUGUCUUUGACACUAAGCAAAUGUAUCAACUGCCCUGAAAUUGAAAAACAAUCACUUUUAAGCUUCAAGCGAUCUCUAAAUGGCUCCUCAAACUUGUUGUCUUCUUGGGAUGCUAAGUUCGAUUGUUGCACGUGGAAAGGUGUUGUUUGCAGCAACUUAACCGGCCAUGUUCUUCAACUUCAUCUUCAAUACAAUUCUUUAGGUGGGAAGUUAAACUCAUCUUUGCUCAACUUGAAGCAUUUGAAAUAUCUUGACCUGAGCCAAAACAACUUUCAUGAAAAUAUCCCUUCUUUCAUUGGAUCUCUCACAAGCCUCGAGUAUUUGAAUCUAUCACUCGCUGGAUUUUAUGGAAAGAUUCCCCACAGUAUUGGGAAUCUCUCAAAUUUGCACGGUCUAAGUUUGGGACUUCAUAAACUAUCAGAGCAACAGUUGUGCGCUGAUAGUCUUGAAUGGUUGUCGGGACUUACUAAACUGGAGCACCUCAACAUGAAUGGUGUGAACCUCAGCAAAGCAAACAACUGGGCCCAACAGGUUAUGAACAAACUUCCUUCUUUAGUUGAGCUGCAUUUUAGUGGAUGUAAUCUUAAUUUGAUGGCUCCUCUGAAUGAUGUUUACAAUAUCAGCCGUUCUAAAUUAGCCACUCUUGAUCUGUCCUCCAAUUCCCUGUCUUAUGCCAUCAUCCCUCCGUGGGUUUUUCAACUCAGCAACCUUAUCUAUCUUGAUAUGAGUUUCAACUCAUUGGAAGGCCCAAUUCCAACAAUGAGCAAUACCACAAAACUCCAACACAUUGAUCUCACCCUUAACAAUUUGAAUUCAAGCAUUCCACACUGGCUCUUCUCCUGCAAACACCUUGAAUAUGUAAGUCUGGCAAACAAUCUUCUAAGAGAUGGAAUUUCCAAUUCCAUAGAGAAUUUGACAUAUCUCAGUAUCCUCGAAUUAAGAGGAAACAAACUUUCUGGAAAAAUACCAAGAGAAAUUGCAAACCUGUGCAAUAUUCAGGCCUUGAGUUUAUUGAAUAAUAAUUUCGGAGGAGAGAUAUCGGAUUCAUUUGGAAACAUGUCAGAUUGCUUCUUAGGAACAUUGGAAUUUUUAACUUUGUUUGGGAAUCAGCUCUCAGGUCAUCUGCCUCCUCAAUUUGGAGGAUUUACGCGUCUUCGAUACCUUAAUCUUGCAGAAAACUCAUUGUCCGGUGUAAUUCCAGACGAAAUAGGGAACUUGCUUUCCCUUGAAAUGUUAUACUUGGAUAGUAAUAAAUUUACGGGCAACUUACCCGAGAGUAUUGGGAAACUUGUGAACUUGACAGAUCUUUGGAUACAUGAUAACAUGUUGGAAGGGGUUGUGACUGAAACCCACUUUGCCAAUCUUUCAAAUUUAAAAUUCUUCGGAGCCUCUGGAAACCACUUGACGUUGAAAGUCAACCCAAAUUGGAUUCCACCAUUCAAACUGAAGGGGCUUUACCUACAGUCUUGGGGCUUGGGAUCUCCAUUUCCGUUAUGGCUUGAGACUCAGAAAGAGAGUAUCUCCAGUCUGGAUUUAUCGUGUACUGGAAUCUAUGGAAAUGUUCCCAGCUGGUUAUGGAAUUUGAAGUCUUUCAAACUUUCGCAUAACCAACUCGACGGAAAGAUUUUAUCCAUUAUUAGUGAUCAUGAAAAAGAUGAUUAUGAUGUCCCCUUACAUGUUUUUGACGUGAGUGACAACAGGUUUAGUGGUCCACUGCCUCCACUAAUGACGAGUUCAUCCUUAGAACUCCAUUUCUCCAAUAACUCACUUUCCGGAGGUUUGUCCGAUUUUCUUUGUGUCAAUACAUCAAAUGUAGUGCAUAUAAAUUUUGGAGGAAACCAUCUUUCUGGAGAGUUACCUGAAUGUUUUAUUAAAUGGCAAUCAUUGCAAGUGUUGAACUUAGGCAACAACAAAUUGUCCGGAAGAAUACCGAAUUCCAUGGGAUUUUUUAAAGAUUUAGUGUCUUUGAAUCUCCACGGAAACAGUUUCUCUGGACACAUUCCUUCUUCAUUGCAAAAAUGCACCAAACUAGAAAUGAUCGACUUUGGUGAUAACAGUCUUGAUGGGGACAUACCGAAAUGGAUUGACACAAGGUUUUUCAAUUUGAGAUUUCUGAUUUUGCAGUCCAACAAUUUGAGUGGUGAAAUUAGUCCGUCCAUAUGUCAGCUCACUUCUCUUCAAGUCUUGCUUCUCUCUAAUAACCAACUGUCAGGGAGGCUACCUCAAUGCCUUAACAAUCUUACCACAAUGACCACUAAAAGGAUUUUGGAUAGGCCAAAAUAUUCUGUAUCUAUGGAAGGUUCUAUUAUAUUUGGAGUAGAAAUUCAGGAGAGCGCAUCAAUUUCAAUGAAGGGUAGAGAACUCAUCUACGAUGCCAAUCUCUUUUUGGUUAUGAGUAUUGACCUUUCAAACAACAUCCUGUCUGGUGAUAUCCCAAGGGAGAUAACAAGUCUGGUGGAACUCCAUUCAUUCAACCUGUCCGGAAAUCGUCUAACGGGAUCCAUCCCAAACGACAUUGGAAACAUGAACCAACUUGUAUCUCUUGAUUUCUCCAGGAAUUCAUUAUCCGGCAAGAUUCCAAGUAGCAUCACAACCAUUUCUUUUUUGAGUAGCCUAAAUCUGUCGUAUAACAACUUGACAGGGAGAAUCCCACAAAGCACCCAAAUUGGGAGCUUCAACGAGUCAAGCUUCAUCGGCAACAAUCUUUGUGGCUUUCCACUAAGUAUUUCUUGCAAAAAUGAUGGUAAUGCCCCUGCCCCAACACAGGUGCAUAUUCAAGGCCGAAAAAGCAAUAAGCAAGAGAUUGAUUUGUUUUACGUAUUCCUAUCUUUAGGGUACGCUGUUGGGCUUUCUGUUGUCCUCACUGCAUUGUUUUUUAAGAAGAAUUGGAGGGAAGCUUAUUAUGCCUUCUUUCAGAAAAUGUCGGACAAUCUUUAUGUGUAUUUCGUUAUCCAAUGGAGGAGGCUCAUGACAGCGUUGGGUCGAAAUCCCUAA